AUGCGCAAAUAUGAGCUAAGUGACCACAGACCAAUACUGGCAGAAUUCAGAAAGUUACCAAAUGAGUCACCUUCUGAGCAAAAACCAGUUAAAUGGGAUAUGGGCCGGUUCAAAGUAUUUGCUAAAGAGUUUGUGAACCAUAAUAGGUGGGCAGUUCUUAGCAAAGCUGAAAUAGAGACAGGAGAAGAGUUGAGCAAGGUGACAGAUCAAAUGGCCAAGACCUUAGACUUGGUUGCAGAGGAUCUAAGCCUCAAGACCCAGCCCAAUAACCUGCCUCCCGUGUUUAAAAAGAAACUAAGGAAGCUUCUCAAGAGGAAGAACACCUUGGCAUCCAAUAUUGCUAUGGAUUUUUCUCAAGGCAGAUCCCCAUGUGAAUCUCUGCUGAAAAAGUUUGAAAUGGCAAAGGACCAUCUGAAUAAAGCACAAAAACAAUGGAGGAAGGACCUCUGUAGAAAAGAGGUCCACAAUUUGUGCAACGCAAUAAGAGGCAACAAGAUGAAGAAAGUAUGGUCUAAUCUCAAGUCUAAAAUGGGAAUUAAGAAAUCAGGUCAACAGGCAAACCCUGUAAGAAAUAAGGAUGGAGAAUUGUGCAUAUCACAAGAAGACAUCCUUAGAGCUGUAACUGAACACUAUGAUAAUCUGGUCAAUGGAGACCCAGGAACAUCUAGAGAUAGAGAGUACUGGAGCAACAUUGAACUAGACCAGUCAAUGGGAAAUAGAGCAGAGGACCUAGGGGACCUUAACGCAGCUAUAUCAUGGAGAGAUAUCCUCUUAGCCAUCAGACAAAUGCAGAGGGGCACUGCACCAAGUAUAGAUGGGCUCCAGACAGAUGUACUAAAGGAAGUUCUCAAUCAAGAGUGCUUUGAAUGUGUAAACCAAGAGGGUGAGGCCUUAGAGGGUAUAACAUAUGCACUUGAGGAGAACAAACUCCCUCAUAAGCCCCUGACUUUCUUUGGCACAGUGGUUGCAUUUCUUGCAUACAAGGGCAAGGGACUUGGGAGAGGGGUGGCUGAUCUUGAAAUGUACAUGGGAAAGAAGGCUACCCAUGGGCAGGAUUACAUUGGGAACCCAAUGUGGGUUAGAUGGACAAAGGGGGAUAGCAACCAACACUUUGGGAAUAAGAAGCUCCCAGCAUAUGCAAUGCUCAACAAGGAAUGCCAGGCCAUGAUAGUCAAUGUAAGCAAGGGGUGGAUCCCUAGCUACAACAUUGGCUUUGUCUGCAGCUGGCUUAUCAGCUUUGAUGUCAAAGAUGUUGAUUUCAACCUCCUAAAGUUGUUUAUUAGAUUGAGCUGUGAAGCAUCCAAGAAACUCCAAGUCACUCUAAUGCUGGUCAAGCAGUCUAUUGAGGAUCAGAGUAGAUGGGAAAUGAGGAUGACAGGCGCAGGUGACCAAAGGCAGUUGGUGCUGGAGCACAGGGAAGUCCUGACCCAUCAUUUCAACAAUGGCUCUACCCCUCUUUUGGCCCAAAUUAAGGCUUUUGAUGGGUGCUAUGUAUGCUGGGAUGUGUUGUAG